GUAGAUCGGAUUGGGACACUUUCCUAAAACGAACUCCUGUCAGCCUGGGCGCUCUCUCUCUCCCGCACUGAUACAAACCAAAAACAAUCCAGGCAACAGGAGUCUGAAGACACUGUGGGGUUUAUAUCAAAUGACUUUGGAGCGGGCUGUGGCGUGACCGAUUUGCAGGUGUACUGCAGUAUUGCAAAGGAAGUACAAUAAAGAUUGAUGCAAAAUGUCUGCACCAUUUAAAAAGGAGCUAGAAAAGUAUCGGGAUGUUGAUGAAGACGACCUCCUCCGGAAAUUAUCAGAAGAGGAGAUCCAACAAUUGGAAGAUGAGCUGGAAGAAUUAGAUCCUGACAAUGAUCUUCUACCUGUAGGAUUAAGGCAGAAAGAUCAGACCAAAAAGGCACCUACAGGCCCAUUAAAUAGAGAUCAGCUUCUGGAACACCUAGAGAAACAAGCAAAAGAGUGCAAGGACAGAGAGGACUUGGUUCCUUAUACAGGAGAAAAGAGAGGGAAACCUUGGAUCCCCAAAGAGAAGCCUGUCCAAUCAGUAAUUGACAGUGUUACCCUGGAACCAGAGCUGGAAGAGGCCUUGGUCAAUGCUACUGAUGCUGAACUUUGUGACAUAGCAGCCAUCCUUGGCAUGCACACGCUGAUGAGCAACCAGCAAUAUUAUGAAGCCCUUGCCAGUAGCACCAUAGUUAACAAGGAAGGCCUUAACAGUGUCAUUCAACCCACUCAGUAUAAGCCAGUUCCAGAUGAGCUGCCAAACUCUACAGAUGUGGAAGAAACCCUAAAGCAAGUUAUGGAAAAUGACCCUGAGCUUGAGGAGAUUAACCUCAAUAAUAUAAAGAACAUUCCCCUUGCCACUCUAAAAGCAUAUGCUGAAGCUUUGAAGGAUAAUACAUAUGUGAAGAAGUUCAGUAUAGUAGGAACCCGAAGUAAUGAUCCCGUUGCUGUUGCUUUUGCAGAAAUGCUGAAAGUUAACAAAACGUUGAAGAGUUUGAAUGUGGAGUCUAAUUUUAUCACUGGCAAUGGCAUCCUGGCUCUAGUGAAAGCUCUCCAGUACAAUAACUCAUUGGUUGAACUUAAAAUUGACAAUCAGUGUCAGCAGCUGGGUAAUAAAGUGGAAAUGGAAAUUGCAAAUAUGUUAGAACAGAAUCCAACCCUACUGAAGUUUGGCUAUCAUUUUACCCAGCAAGGUCCAAGGCUCCGGGCAUCCAAUGCAGUGAUGAGUAACAAUGACCUUGCUCGCAUUAAUCGAGCAGAUGGUUCCUGGUCUAGAUUCUCAGCUUUGGAACUGGAGGAGAUAUAAUCAGGCAAAGCCGACUUCAAGGCCUCAAUGGUCCCAUCUUCCCCAGAUGCCGGACAACUGUCUAAUCCAUUUGUGAAGACUUCUUGCCUCUACAGAGCACGCCCUAUGCUGAUGGUUUCUACGUACAGCUAAGAGUGUUUUCCCAGUUCUCUGUUGUGGCUCUUUUUUUUUGUGUAAUAUGAUGGGACAGUGUAUCUAAUUGAAGUUUAGUACAAUGGCAGAUGUCUAUGGCAGUGGCUUGUACAGAUUGUGGUGUGCUUUGUCUGAUAGAAAAAUAGCACUAUGUGUAGUAUAGAGUCAUGUUCCAAUUCAGUUAGUGCCUUGUGCCAUGAAGCUUGAAACCAUCAAUUCUAAAUCCAUCCAUCAGUUGAUGUGUACAUCCCUGUAUGGAUUAUUGGGUGAAACUAUAGCUAUAUUGUGCAUGAACAAGCUUGCUGUUCUAGCAUCUACUGUAGAAACCUUUUAUUUAUAUGACGUGACACCAGAGAAUUACCUCCUGUGUAAACUGCUGUCCUGUCCUUGUGGGAACACAGAGUCCUUCAUUGACUCUGUGACAAAAUAAUGAAUGAAAUAAUGCACUGCUUGAGAAUUCUGUGCAUCACUCUACUGUCUGCUGAUUUUUGGAGCUUUAACGUAACCCAACAUCUCCACUGAUUUGUGUUACUUAUGCAAUAGGAAUUCAAAGAACCUAGAAUGUUUUUGUGUUUAACUCAAAAUAUUUAAUUUAAGUAGAUUUAAAAUCAUGGAAAUUUAUACAAACACUUGCCAUUUUUUUGAGAUGUCAGAUAUUAGGAGAUGCAGCCUCUGGUUCUGUUUUAUGUUACUGCAGAUGUCCUUAACUUGGAUAUAAAGGGCAGGAAAUAACUUGAAAUUAUUUAUAGGCUGUAUUUGCAUUGUACCCUGAAAUCAAAGUAUUUUUAAGAAGCCAAAGUAACCGUUUCGUAGUUUUAUUUUUAAUUAUGCAGAGCCUGUUCUAGAUGUUCAAAUUUUGGAAGAUUCAUCAAAAAUAAGUUAUUGUUUCAUUCAAUUGGCAUACUCAGUCUACACUGCUUCCAUCCACUAAACUGUGUGCAACAAUCCAUAGACAACAUACUUCUAUUUUCCAUGAAACUAUGUCUUUCCAGGGCAUUUUUGUCUAAACAGAAAAUGAGUAAGUGAUUUGCUUAUAAAUUUCAGCCUGGCUCCAGGAACAGAACUAUUGAGAUUAACAGAACAGGCUCUGCCAAAGCAGGUGAAAAUAUUGAUUUUAAAUCUACAUUGUUUUUUAAAAAAAAAAUAGUAGAAUGUAUUGAUUGUUGCACUUUAUGACAAAUAAACCAUUACAAUUUUGGGCAUUCUGUAGCUUCACAUGCUUUGACAAAGUCAAUAAAACCUUCUGUGUUAUA